AUGUCGCCGCCCAUAUUCGCCGGCGUCACUGAGCGCUCGCAAAAAUUCUACAACGGAACCUACACGUGGGAUUCUGACGGCUUCACUGAUGACACUGGAGUGCAUCGAUACUUUGACUGCUAUGAUCCUGUUGCUAGGGCCCCGACGCCGUUGCCACCGAUGGGUUUGGCUGGUGAUGACAAGGGUGAGGUACAAGAUCAGUCAGGCACCCUAUCAGUAAACCAUGACAAGUUUGGAGCCACGAAAAGUUUCACCUUUGCCUUGGAUGGCGGGAGCAAGAGGGGCACAGUGACGGUGCAGUGUCAUGAACUGUUUCGUGAUCGUGCGGAUAGGGAGCAUCUGAUUGGAAAGAUGGAGGGCGUCUUGGUUGCGAGCAAAGCACACAACGUGGAUCUGACACUCGAAGAAUGCUACCAGCUGUGUGGAAUCCCGUACUCUGAUACACGCGUCGGAAAGGCCUUGCCAGAAAACAUCACUCCACCUUCAAGUCCGUCGAACAAUAAAUGCACUGAAUCAAAGCUUUGGAGUCCUUCCUCGCUGUCAGAGCUUUCAAGCUGCCCGUCAGAUCUCUCGGAAUGGGAUGUGGCUCAGGCGCCGAAGAACCAAGCAACUGCAACAAAAAUCGCGCCACAAGAACUGCCGUUGAAAGUAGAAAAGCCAAAGCCAAAGCCUGGCACCCGAGGCAUCGCGCAAAAGGUUAAAAAUGGUGUCAAAAAGCCGGCCGCUAAACUAGCCACGUACGCGCACACGCCGCAGUUUGGCGUCUAG